AUGGAAGGACUAUUGAACGGACUGGAAGGGGUUCAGUGCUUUCUGGAUGACAUCCUAAUUGGCGGAAGAACAGUUGCUGAGCAUGACGAACGGCUGCGCAAAGUGCUGCAGCGUAUCCAAGACGACAGGCUUCGCCUGAACACCGAGAAGUGUGCAUUCAGGGACAAGGAAGUGACGUACCUGGGGUACCGUGUCAACAAGGACGGAGUAAGUCCUUUGCGUGAAAAAGUGGAAGCCAUCAAGCAAGCUCCGGAACCGAAGAACAAGGAGCUGCAGUCGUUCUUGGGAGCCUUAAAUUUUUAUGGCCGUUUCUUGAAAGGAGCGUCACAUGUGUUGGAACCACUUCACCGCCUCCUGGACAAGGACAAGGCAUGGAGUUGGACCGAGGCGGAAGCGAAGGCAUACCAAGAUGCCAAGAGCCUGCUGGAAUCAUCAGCCGUCUUAGCACACUAUGAUGUGACACGUCCCAUAAGGCUGGCCUGCGAUGCGUCUCCGUGCGGGCUGGGUGCGGUACUGAGCCAAGUGGGUGAAGAUGGUGCUGAAAGACCAGUGGCCUUCGCCUCGAGAACCUUAUCAAAAGCAGAGCGCAACUAUGCGCAGAUAGACAGGGAGGCUCUGGCUUUGCUAUUCGGAGUUAAGAAAUUCCACCAGUAUAUUUUUGGUCGGAAGUUUCAACUCUCGACAGACCAUAAGCCAUUGCUAGGCCUCCUGCACCAAGCCAAGCCAGUUCCUACCGUAUUGUCACCUCGGAUGUUGCGCAGGAGUCUGCAACUUUCUGCAUACAACUACGAACUUUUGUACGUACCAGGCUCCAAGUUGCCACAUGCCGACGUUUUCAGUUGUCUUCCGCUUCCUGUCAGGCAUGAGCACGAGCCACCGUUGGGAGACAUUUUGCUGCUUGAAGCAGUGCCAGAAGUUCCUCUGGGUUCUACCAAGACCGCAGCAUUGACGCGUACAGACCCUGUUCUGUCGCGGGUACAUCGCUGGAUCUUGCAAGGUUGGCCUUCCACGAAGGUGCCCGAGGAAUUCCGUCCUUUGGUGGCCAGGAAGAACGAACUGUCCACCUACCGAAAUUGUGUGCUGUGGGGGUCUCGUGUUGUGAUUCCAAGUUCUGCACAGGCCCAGGUCCUAGACAUCCUACACACCACGCACCCAGGCGUAGUACGGAUGAAAGGUCUUGCACGCAGCACCGUGUGGUGGCCGGUCAUCAACAAUCACAUAGAGCGCAAGGUAGCUGGCUGCAAAGUAUGCCAAGAAACUCGGCAAGCUCCCAGUAAGGCACCGGUGCACCCAUGGGAAUUCACUAAGAACCCUUGGUCACGUUUGCACAUAUAUUUUGCCGGUCCCUUCAAGGGAAAAGUGUUUCUGCUAGUCGUCGAUUCUCAUUCCAAGUGGCUGGAAGUUUCCCUGAUGGAAUCGAUGACGACAAGAGCCGUUCUUAAAGAACUUCGGUCAAUGUUUGCUCAUUUUGGCAUUCCCGAAGUGUUAGUGUCGGACAAUGGAACUGCGUUCACGUCAGAAGAAUUCGCCGAGUUUGCAAACAGAAACCAAAUUAGGCACAUUACAGUCGCGCCCUAUCACCCCUCAUCGAAUGGUCAGAUAGAGAGGAUGGUUCAGGAGACGAAACAAGUCCUGCGUAAGUUGUCGGAGGGAGACUGGGCCACCAAGCUGUCUCGUUUCUUGCUGGGCCAGCACAUUUUACCCAGUACAACUACAGGGAAGAGUCCCGCUGAACUGUUGAUGGGGAGACGACUGCGAUCGGCCAUUGACCGUCUGCAUCCAGACUUUCACAUGGUUGGAUCGUCCCUUCAGCAUUACUUUAGCGAUGGUUCUCAACGUGUUCGGCAUUUGUAUCCAGGCGACUCUGUGUAUGCACGGAACUAUCAAGGUGGCACCAAGUGGGUCCCUGGGUCCAUUGCUUCAGUCACCGGACCCCUUUCUUACCAAGUUCGUCUGUCCGACGGUAGCUUAUGGCGAAGACACGUCGAUCAGCUCCGCAACCGGGCCAGCCCACUGGACCUCGGUGAAGCUGACAGUGAUACUUGUGGGAACUCAGCCGAUGGUGAUGACCUCGCUGUGACUGGCCAGGACCCACCACUGCCAAGAUUGAGUGACACUUCACCCAUAUCAAGUCCACCUAGCAGUCCCGCCCCUGGACCCGACGGUCCUGAUGUACCUGGAAGCUUUUCACAGGAGCACAGCUCUUCCAGCCAACUUCCAACAACCGAGGCUUCUAGAUACCCUCGACAUGAGAGGAAAGCCCCUCAGCGUUACCGGGACUACAUUCCGUAA